CCAAGUUGCAGCCAACCGCUAACACGAGCAUAUGGCGAAGAACCUCUAAAACUUCUUGGAAUUGCCCUUUCGGAUAAACAGAGUGUGUUCUACGUCUAGCAUACUAGGAACGACCAAAAUGUCCCUAGGCGCUGUACGGGUUCCUGUCGACUCCUUGGAGUUCCUAUAUCGAAGGCAGAUCAGCUUCAAAGUGCGGGAAAGACUUGGGAGAGUGUUUAGAAAUUUGUCCAAAGCAGGGGCCGCCGAGGUUCGCAUACCCUGCACCGUGGACGAAGGGACGUUUGAGCAAAUCAUAGGGCGAUUGGGGCUCUCCGCCGAUCAGCUCCGUGGAACUCGGAGGAGGGGGCAGAGGGACUUGCCUCUUCUCACCGGAGUCACAUUGUCGUGCCUCUACGGCGACUACCUUGUUGCGGCGGCCAAGGGCAAUAAGGAGGCUUCGCUAAUCGUUCAUCUGUUCUCUGCGGAUCAGCUGUACCAGAAGAUCAUAGAGAACUACUACCGCGAUAGGGUCAUAUACGCACUCUGUAUGGGCUCUCUCACGGGGCCUAAAGAGCGCAAUAUGAAGAUGCUCCUAAGGCCCAAGAACCUGCCCAUAGUCGAAGCCCUGAAUAGCCUAUUCAAUAUCCCAGCAAUGAUAGAGCAAUUGCGCCUCGGCAACAUCCACAAAUGGCUUGCUUUAUACAUCGAUAAGCAAAUCAUCAACUACCUCAACCAUAUAUCCGUGGUUUGGAAGCAGGAGAUAUGCCAGGGCAAGAAGACGAUCAUCAAUACUAUCAGGCGCCUGUUCGACAACGGCAUGCUAUUUCCUCGCGUGACCGAUUCCAGCGACAGAGAUAUACUGCGGCGAAAUGUUCUUUCCCUCGAUAUGGUUAUCCUGAGUUUCGAGACAUUUCAGGAGAACAUGUAUUACGUUGGCUUGACAGCCAAGAUUUUAAUGCGGUAUGUCGUUGACGAGCUGCCGCUAUACAAGAGCAGCAGAAAGAGGAGUCCUACCAUCUUCAAAGUCCUCUCCGGAAGUUGGACGGCCCCGGAGGUUGUACAAGUGGAGGCUGACGAUGGCAAGAUGACCGAGAUUAAGGGGCCAGACAGUUUCAGGGCCGACGUAAAUUUGCAGUCGCAAGAUACGCAGGCGGAUGACAAUAUCGACGAGGAAAUGGGUCUGGAUGCCGAGAACGAGCAGGGAGACAGGGCCCCGAUUGCCCCUCGUACUGCGGGGGACAAGAUCAGGCCAAGAUCCCGUUACUUUAGGUCAGCUGCAAAAGCGAGGCAUAGGAUGGCGGCUUCCGUGAUUGCGAAGGCACCCCGACAAGACGUUGAAGAUAGGUUAUUAGAAAAGCCGCAGGCCGUGGCGGGGCAGCCUCCAUCCCGAACCCUUUUGCCCAGUCUCUACCAGCUUCGCCGGGUCGCGAAGCGGCGCAGGGUGCUAAGGCAGCAGCUAUUCGACCGAUAG